GCACGCUUCUCCUCUCGUCGCCGCCUCGUCUUCUCAACUUCCCUCGGCUCGCGGCGGCGUCGGCCGUGAAUCCUCCGCCACCGCCGCCGCCGCCGCCGCCGCCGACGAGCCCUACCACGAUCGCCUCGCCGCAUUCCCGGGGAGAUUCCGCCGCCGUCGGCUUCUUCCCCGUGCUCCCGCGGCGGCGUUUUGAGCUCUCUCUCCCCUGCGGGUUUUCCGCCCUUUUUGGGCACGGAUGAGUGGGAUCACAUUGCGCGAUCUCUAGCUCAAGUCUCGGAUUUCCGGCGGUUGGUAGGCUCGUACUAAGCUGCCUAAAUCUCGGAUAUCCUUUUUUUUUCUUUCUAAUAAUGCUGGAUUAACCCUAAAUUUCGGCGAGUUGGUAUCCGAUUCCUACGCUGAUUGAGUGAUUGGGUUGGAUCCUGACACGGAAGGGGAAAGUGGUUGUACAAGUCGGGAGGAGGAGUUGGCCGUUUCGGGAACUGAUUCCUUGCUAUUUUUGGCUACAAGUUCGCCGCCCCGGGCAGCUGCUUGGCCGUCGCGACGCAGCCGCGUCUGUUCGAUCAGUUCAGCUCGCGCGGUUUUAGGUGGGGAGGAAUCCUGUUCGAUUUCGCCGGUUGCUUGUGGUUUCGUGUCGGAGGCGGGGGCGGCGAUGAUGGGGAGGUCGGUGCUGGAGAUGGUGGUGGCGGCGGCGCAGGGCGGCGGCGGCGCGGCGGGGGAGUCGGUGUUGGGCAUGUUCAGGUACGCCGUGCUGCCCAUCGCCAAGGUGUUCGUCGUCUGCUUCAUGGGGUUCCUCAUGGCGUCCAAGCGCGUCGGCGUGCUCAAGCCCAGCGGCCGCAAGCUUCUCAAUGCGCUUGUGUUCUCUCUGCUCCUUCCUUGCCUAAUAUUUGCGCAGCUCGGGAGAUCAAUCACAAUUGACAAGAUCAUGGAGUGGUGGUUCAUUCCAGCAAACAUUGCUCUGGGUGCAGUCUCUGCAUCUUUGGUUGGACUUAUAGUGGCAUUGAUUGUACGGCCGCCUUAUCCAUACUUCAAGUUCACCAUCACUCACAUUGGAAUAGGGAACAUUGGAAAUAUACCACUUGUCCUUAUCUCGGCAUUAUGUCGCGACCAAUUAAAUCCGUUUGGUGACUCGAACAAAUGUACUCAAGAUGGAAAUGCAUACUUAUCAUUUGGUCAAUGGGUUGGUGCCAUUAUUGUUUACACAUAUGUGUUCAAGAUGCUUGCUCCACCCCCCGGGCAGACCUUUGACAGCUGCGAUGAGGAGAGAGAUAAACUUCCAAUUAAGGCUCCUAAUACCAUGUCAAGUGUAGCGAAAUAUCCAUCAAGUGCUCAUGGCAAUACACAUGAGGAAGAGCCCCUGCUAUCUAUAGAGGAGGAGGAGGAGGAGGAGGGGCAGGACGUUCAUUCUUUAGGUUCAAAAAUAAUGAUUCCUAUCAAGGGCAUGGUUAGAUUCCUACAAAAGAAGCAGCUCCUCCAACCACCAAUCAUUGCAUCUGUUCUUGCAAUUACUCUCGGUGUUGUGCCAUUCUUGAAGAAUUUGAUCCUCACAGAUGACGCGCCUCUAUUCUUUUUAACAGAUAGCUGUCUCAUUCUUGGGGAAGCUAUGAUUCCGUGCAUUUUGCUUGCCGUUGGUGGCAAUCUUGUUGACGGCCCUGGUGAAGGAAGUAGGAGACUUGGGGUUCGGACCACCGUCGCGAUUAUAUUUGCACGCUUGAUAUUGGUUCCAAUUGCUGGUAUUGGCAUCGUCUCAUUUGCUGACAAGCUUGGAUUUAUUCCAAAAGGAGACAAGAUGUUCAAGUUCGUCCUGUUACUGCAGCACUCUAUGCCCACAUCGGUACUAUCAGGUGCUGUUGCAAACCUAAGAGGUUGUGGCAAGGAAUCAGCUGCAAUCUUGUUCUGGGUGCACAUUUUUGCUGUCUUCUCCAUGGCAGGAUGGAUUAUCUUAUAUCUUACCAUGCUGUUCUAGAUACUAACUGCACUAUGACAUAAUAUGAUAUGUUCAUGAAAUACAUGUUGCUGCAAAGUGCAAGGUGAUUGGAAGUGCGACCCUGUUGGAUCUGCGGGUUGCAUUUUCCGGGCCGUGGACAAUUGCGAGAGGCCUGCUAUUGUAUGUUUUGUUUGGUUAGCUGCUGAAAACAAUAGAUGAGGCAAAGGAAUUGUGUCAGCACCUCUUGUACAUUUGAUCGUAAAAUACAGGAUAUCUCCAACUAAUAGAGAGCCUUGUAUCCCCAAAUUCUUGCUUUUGGUUUAGUAGGACCAGUAGAUUGAAGUGCAUUAUGUAAGAGGAGAUUUUUUUUUUCUAGAGAAGCGUACUGUGAAUUUGAAAUCCA